AUGGGCAAAAAAAGAGUGCUCGUCGGAUACGGAGUCGACAUUGACGCCGUUGCAGGCUGGUUGGGGUCUUACGGUGGAGAAGACAGUACGAAUGAUAUCAGCAGAGGUCUAUUCGCCGGUCAUGUCGGGACCAUGCGGCUGCUGAAGCUGUUUGAAAAGUACAACAUCAAGGCGACCUGGUUCAUUCCUGGUCACUCCCUGGAGACAUUUCCCGAGGAAUGUGCCGCCGUUCGGGAUGCAGGACAUGAGAUCGGACUGCACGGCUACAGCCACGAGAACCCCAGCGACAUGACGCUCGAGCAGCAGCGGGACGUCCUCGACAAGACGUACCGGAUGCUCACUGAUUUCUGCGGCAAGCCUCCGCGUGGCAUUGUCGCGCCAUGGUGGGAGACCAGCAAGGAGCAGACGGAGCUGCUGCUGUCGUAUGGGAUCGAGUACGACCACUCCAUGUCCCAUCACGACUGCCAGAUGUACUGGCUGCGCACGGGCGACAGCUGGACCAAGAUCGACUACAGCAAGAAGGCGGAAGAGUGGAUGAAGCCGUUGAUCCGGGGUAAGGAUACAGGGCUGGUCGAGAUUCCAGGCAACUGGUACAUUGACGAUCUGCCCCCGAUGAUGUUUAUCAAGGGGAAUGCCAACAGCCACGGCUGGGUUAAUCCACGCGAUAUCGAGGAUAUUUGGAAGGACCACUUUGACUACUUUUACCGGGAAUACGACGAGUUCAUCUUUCCCAUGACCAUUCAUCCUGAUGUCUCUGGGCGUCCACACGUCCUGUUGAUGCAUGAGAGAAUCAUCGAACACAUCAACAAGCACGAAGGCGUCGAGUGGGUGACCUUUGAGCAGAUGUGCGACGAGUUCAAGAGCAAGAACAAGCCUCCGGAGGGUGCUCUGAUGCCAGCGGAGCGUGGAUCGGUUUUGAAGAAGUGA